CAAGCAAGCAAGCAAGCAAGCAAGUUGUUUUGCUGGAUCGGCAGUGCAGUGUUGUUGUGGUGUUGCUGUUGCCGUGUUGUUGCCUUGUAGGAGUGCUCAAUCAUUUGGCAUUGGAGUUGUAGCGAAUCAGAAGGAAAGGGUGAGACUGUGAACGCAGCCCAAGCAACAAGAGCAAGGAAGCAUGGACGUGCCUGCCUGGGCCAAGCGGUCGGGGUACCGCGGAACAGACAAGCCCACCGUGAGUGGCACUGCUGCCAAGGGCGGCGCAAGCACCGCUGCUGCGCCACCUGUUGCCAAGCAAACGUCAAUGCGGGAGCACUUUGCACCCCCACAGAAGGAAGCCCUGCAGACCAAGAGGGUUCCAAACGCAUCGUCCAUGGUUCCCGGGCGCCACGAGCGGCACUACCCAUCCGAGUCCCUGCGCAUGGGCCCUCCGCUCAAGGCGCAGACAAAGACACCCAAGGCCAAGGUCCCCACUGGCGUGAGGCUGACACAGACAACCACCAACCGGCAAGAGUUUGGUGUGCAUGCUGCCUCAGCACAAGAUGAGAAGCAGAACGUCGACCUGGCGUCUCACAAGUUUGAGACGCGCGCCCCGAAGGUGGAGUACACCUUCUCUUCUUCAAUCACACUUGGCUGAGCCAGUGGAGCGAAGGGGAAGGGUGAAAGUGGGGUGGGCAGAUGGAUGGUGACGACGUGAGAUGUGUGCAGAGGACACGGGGGAGCAGAGUGUGCUUUCGUCGCUGAGCUGAGACAGGAAGAUGCGAUGUGAUAUGCAGUUGUGAUGCAGUUGUGAUGCAGUGAUUGAUUAUGAAGUAUGAUUGCUUUGACACCCAACAUAAUGGCCUGCGCUUGUGAUUGCGAGUGCAAGCCAAUGAUAUGAAACCAUGAACGCCA